UCUGCAGCGCGGCCGGGCGCGGUGGGAGGGGCACGGGGCCUGGCCGCCAGCGGAGGCUGCGCACGAAGGCACAAUGACUGACUUUGAAAAGAACCUGCAUCAGGACAUGGUUUCUCAGCUGCAUAACUUUGCUGCUGCUGGUGACACAGCCGGGCUGAAGAUGCUACUCAGGCGCUUGCCAUCACUGGUCAAUGCAGCCGCAGGGAAUGGCUGGACAGCCCUCAUGUACGGUGCUAGAAAUGGACACCUCGAGGUUGUGCAGGUUCUUCUUCAAGAGGGGUGUGACAGAUCCAUCGUUAAUAAAUCAAGGCAGACAGCUCUGGACAUUGCUAAAUUUUGGGGGUACAAACACAUAGCUAAUUUGUUGGCUAAUGUGAAAGGUGAUCAGAAACCUAGUUUUUUGUCAAAUUAUGUGAAAGAAUAUGAAAAUUAUUUUGGCAUGACACUUCUGGACAGAAGGAGUGAUAAAAGAACAGAUUCUAAGUGGCUCAGUAAAAAAAAAAGCCAUCCAGCUACAGUGUACAUCCUCUUCUCAAAUCUGAGUCCCUUGGUUACUUUGGGUGGGGGAAGAGAGAGCUCGCAGCAACCAGAAGUAAAGCUUUGCAGGUUGUGCCACAAGGAUGUGGAACAGUUCAUGAACCAAACUGAAGAAUGUACCUUGAUUUUUCUUGGAGUGGACCUUCAGUUUGAUAUGAACCUGAUGGCUGCUUGCAAUGGAAGAGUUCAGCAAGAAGAUGAAGAUGGGUUAGUUGCUUGGUUUGCUCUUAGCAUAGAUUCUGGUUCUGCUGAAAAAUUUAAACAGAAGCACGAGGACUGUUACUUUCUUCACCCACCGAUGCCAGCGCUACUGCAGUUACCUGAAAGAGAAGCUGGAGUAAUAGCCCAGGCGAGAUCUGUUCUAGCGUGGCACCAGCGUUACCGAUUCUGUCCAACAUGUGGGAGUGCUACCAAGACUGAAGAAGGGGGUUACAAGAAAACUUGCUUAAAAGAGGGUUGUCCCAGUCUCCAAGGAGUUCACAACACAUCAUAUCCAAGAGUUGAUCCUGUUGUGAUAAUGCAAGUCAUCCAUCCAGAUGGCAACCAUUGCCUUUUAGGUAGGCAGAGGAGAUUUCCCCCAGGCAUGUUUACCUGCCUUGCUGGAUUUGUAGAACCUGGUGAAACCAUAGAAAAUGCUGUUCGAAGAGAAGUAGAGGAGGAGGCUGGAGUCAAAGUUGCCCAUGUUCAGUACAUCUCUUGUCAGCCGUGGCCAAUGCCCUCCUCCCUAAUGAUUGGCUGCUUAGCUGUUGCAGUGUCCACAGAAAUUAAAGUUGACAAGAAUGAAAUAGAGGAUGCACGCUGGUUCACUAGAGAACAGGUCGUGGAAGUUCUCAUUAAAGGAAACCAGCGUUCUUUCUUUGUACCACCAAGUCGAGCUAUUGCACACCAGUUGAUGAAACAUUGGAUUGGAAUGAAUGCUAAUCUUUAGUUCAAAUAAUUGAUUUCUUUAAGUUACUUCUUCUAUUGAAUGCUUAAUUAGGAACAAAUUAGAACCUAGUGAAUGUGUAACCAAGUGAUUUUCUGAGCCUUUGGUUCCAGAGCUAAGCCAUGCAAUCUUUGUAGGUAUUUUCAGACCUGAAUUAGAUUUGGACAAAACCCAAUAAUUAUCCCAAGCAAGCAAGCACCAAAUAAGUAGAAUUGGUACCUUGUUGAGUACAGACUGUCUUUCUUGUUCUAGAAUGAAAUUAUUAUGCCUUUUUCUUUACACUUUUUAUGUUUAAUUUGGUCUUCCCCCACUGGAAGGAUUCAUAGCAUUACAAAGAGGGCUAUCUGACCUUGCCUGGUGUUUGAAUUCUCUACUUACAUCCUCCUCUUUGGCCUUAACUGUUUCUCUCUCAUUUUUGCAUAUGUCCAUUUUUUAAAUUUGACCUGUCACAAAAACCUACAUUCGGUGCUGAAAGCCUUACCAAGUAUGGUUAUUUUAAAGUCAGUAGCAUAUGUAACUAGUGAAUAUGUGGUACUUCGUAUUUUUUGCAUUAAUAACCUAAUUUAUGUUAAUGCUCAAAGCAGAGCAUUUGCUCGUACAUUCUGACUUGGCUUGCACUUACCCAAUUGUAUGUCAGCCUGAAUUUAAAGGUGUAACACAAUACUUUGUUUUUGAAAAAGGUGUUGGAGAACCAUCUCUGAAUGCCUAAAUAUUAGUGUUUUCAUAAGAUAAUAAUGUACUUAUUGAUGCUAGGCAGUUAGUAAUUUGAUUCUCUGAUAAUUAGAAAUGAAAUUACAGAAUAAUGGAGAAGGAGGAACAAGAUGUAUCUCAAAAUAUGCACAAAGUUCUUUAUGGAAAUAGAGAUGCCAAGAUUGUUACUGCUAUUAAGAAUCUUAUAUUUGAAAGAAAUAUAUUAACUGCAGCUAUAAGACUGCAGGGAUAUGUUAAAUAAAAUAUGAAUUUAUGUGUUUUUAAUGCUACAGUUCAGAUUUGUGCCUUAAUUUAUUAAGUUAUGUAGGAUAGUGUUGAUGUUCUAAAAAGAGAAGUAAACUGGUUUAAUAUAAAUUUCAUUAUGUAAUAGUUCGUAGUCUGUCAUUCUGCAGUCAUUGCAGUGAUGUCAAAAGGAAUGCAAAUGACCUGAGGAAGUUGUAGUGACAAAUGUAAACUUAUUAUUUUGUGAUUUGUUUAUUUGGAGGAAUUUGUUUUUAAC